CCAAUGGUCAUAAUUUACCAUUAGCCAAUGGUCAUAAUUUACCAUUAGCAAAUGACUUUCGUCCAAUGAUCGAUGACAAAACUACACCUCCAUGUAUUAUUCAAUUAAUUAAACAAUGCUGGGAUGCCGAUCCUGAGAAAAGACCAACUGCUCGGGACUUGAAAAAUCAAUUUGAUGAAUUCAAAACUUUUGAGUUGUUACAUGUUCAAUCCGAACCUACGCCAAGUAACUUACCAGCUAUAAAAUCUUCAGAAGAUUCUGGAAUAAUUGAUAUUGUAGAUUCUGGAAUAAUUGAUUUACAAAUUCAGGAUUCGUAUAUAAUUUUAGAUCAAAUAUUUCAAUAA